AACAGCAGCAAGUUCCUUCCUCAAGCAGUGGGCUCUGGGAUCAACCCAUUUUGCCUCCUAACUGACCUAGUCAAUGGCAACUGAGCAACUGACUUCUUCCUCGAAUCACUGGAACAACUCUGAGCAAAUCCGCAUGCAUCCACAGGGAACGGUACAACUUUUUGAAACAAGGCAGCGUCUCGCCUGCAGCCAAGGCAGUACACCCUGCCCGCCUCCUUAAGAAGGGGCGGGACGAAGAAUCCACGCCCCUUUCUCCUCCCAUCUUCCCCGCCUUACUCGUUGAGUCCAACCCAGAGGGAGUCCCAAGUCUUUCCAUUGGUGAAAGGUCAAAAUGGCGGUGCUUCUGAUUGGUCAGACUUCAGGAGGUGGGGACAAUUGAGCGGAACAAGAAAUUGAAUGGUGAAAAGAAAGGUCAGUCAGACACCGAGUCCCGCCUUCUGAGAUUGGCGGGUAACCUCGCAACGCUGGGACCGUGGUGGUAACUGUGGCUAGGGAAACCUGGAGCCGUCAGAGCGGAUGGCCAGAGACAAUAAAAGCAUGAGACCCAAGUAGUCUACCGAAGUCUCCAUCUCUGCGGACCUACAGAUGCACAGAGGACUACUCACAAGAUGGCUUUAGACAUUCUUGCCAUGGCCCCUUUGUAUCAGGCCCCUGCCAUCAACAGAAUAGGGCCAAAGACAGACCCAUCUAAAAGGCAAGCUGACCCACUAAAACCCUUGGUUCCCUCUAGGACCAAACUCACCACCAUUGAGGCCAAAAGGAUCAUGUCCAUCCUGGAUGAGGCGAUCUACAAGGUGGAGCUGGUGACCCUGCUGUCAUAUGUGGCAUCCAACAGAGAGGAUGUGGAGGGGAUGCUGGGGGAGGACAUCAUGAAGGCAGUGAGAGAGCACGAGGAUCUCUGCCAGGUCGUCCUGGAAAACGUCAGGUGCCUGAAGGAGAAAGAAAGGCAACUGCAGGAGCAGGAAGAGGCUGAGGAGGAAGGGUGGCUCAGAGACCGCCUCCUUUCCAUAGAGCUGCAGAAAUCCAGCCUCUCACCACUUACGCAGCAGAUCAAAGACUCCACCAAGAAUGUCCUGAGACUCUUGCUCAGCAACCCACAGGCUGCUAGGCUCCUGCAAAUGCAGACGCAGAGUAGAAGUGCAGAAGCCCAGAAUUUUAUUGACAGGCUAAUAGAGCUUCGUGGUUUCCUGUUUGAAAAACUAGUCACUAGUCCCAUGGAAGCAAGGGAAAAGGCCCAGUUCAUACAGGAUAUCAAUAGACAGAAUAGUAAUAACCAACAGAUCAUCGAUACUCUUGAAAAUGAAUUGGCGGAGAUAAUGAAGAACAGGAAUGCAGAGGUGGAAAAGGAGAACUUUGUGAUCCAAGAACUGAAAAACCACUUGCACCAGGUGCUCAAGUUCUCAGAGAACAGCCUCCUUCGCACUAAGCAGGAGGCCGAGAAGCAGCAGAAAGCUGAUUUCCGGGCAUCACAGGCCAGGGUAGCCAAGAUCCAGCAGGAGAUCCUGCAGCUGCAGUCACAGUUUUACAACCUGGUCAUGGAGAACCGGGAGGCGGAGCAGGCACUGAGGAAGGAGGAGUUGGAGGAUCUGGAAGCUGUUCACAGGGAGGAGAAGAUCGCUCUGGAGGAGCUGAGGCGGAGGCACAAAGUGCUGGUGGAAGAGUUUGUGCAGAUCCGGGAAGAGCGAGAGAUCAACUCUAAGAAAAGGAUGGAGGCGGAGCAGGAGAUGGUGCACAUGGUGCGGGCGGCCACGUUAAUCCAGGCCUUUUGGAGGGGAUACCUGGUGCGGUCCCUGCUCAGAUCCAAGAAGAAGCGGGGCAAGGGCAAAGCAAAGGGCAAGGAGAAGGGCAAAGGCAAGAAAUGAGCUCUCCACCCCAGCCUGCUACUGACCCUUAUCCUCCCCGAGACCAGGCCAGGAAGCCACCGGGAUAGAGAGCACCAGAUUCAUGGCUUUCAUGAUGUUUUUAUUUAAUAAAUUAAAGAGUAUUUGAAGCCGCAUUGAAGGGAACGCUCUAUGAAUAAGUCUCUUUACCCAGGGCUGUGGGCUGUGUGUGUCCAGCUCACAGAUGGCAUUUCCACGAGGAGCGUGCAGCC